GCUAAGGGUGAAACUUUUCCCCUGACUUCCUUCACUUUGGGCCAGGAGGAGGGAGGCUGCGGGAUCCCGGCGGACGCGACGAAACCCCCCCGAAAUAACACCUAACUAAAUACACAAGGGGACCCCCAGAAGACGAAACACUCAUUUACUCCUCCUCCUGCAGCUCCGAACCGACGGAUUCUUACAACUGCCGACCAAAGAAUAUGCAUCUGGAGAUUAAGGUCGCCCUGAAUUUUAUUAUAUCAUACCUAUACAAUAAGCUUCCAAGAAGAAGAGCUGAUCUGUUUGGUGAAGAGUUAGAGAGGCUGCUAAAAGGCAAAUAUGAAGGGCACUGGUACCCUGACAAACCUCUGAAGGGCUCCGGCUAUCGCUGUGUUCACAUUGGUGAAACGGUAGAUCCAGUGGUAGAGCAAGCUGCACGCAGAAGUGGUCUUGAUAUAGAAGAUGUAAGGGCAAACGUACCAGAAGAACUGAGUGUUUGGAUUGAUCCUUUUGAAGUGUCUUACCAAAUCGGGGAGAAGGGAACAGUAAAGGUACUGUAUUUGGAAGAUGUAGAGAGCAGCACAGAGCUGGACAAAGAGAUAAAGAGCAGCUUCAAUCCCGAGGCACAAGCGUUCAUCCCAAUUACAAACCAAGAGGCUUCACUGUCAAACUCUCCAUCUCCAUCCUUUGGUCAGUCUCCAAGUCCAACCUUCAUCCCUCGUGCCACUCAUCCAAUUACCUUUACUACUGCCACAUUUGCAGCCACCAAAUUUGGCUCAACUAAGAUGAAGAAGGGAGGUCAACGCAUGGCACGAUCACCCACCAAUAACCUUGCGAAGCACAAGGGUCUGUCUCUUUCCAUGCAUUCUCUGAACUUCAGUCCAGUCCAGGGGCCCCCAUCCCAGCUUUCUCCAAACGCUAAGGAGUUUGUCUUCAGUGGUCCACCAGGGCUCUUUUAUGAGGGGGACAGCCAGAAUCUUCCAAGCCCUGGCCAGUUUGCCACUCCCUUCAGCACUGGGAGCAGCCUGUUUAAUGAGAAAUCCCCUUUUGUGGAUGGAUUGAACUUCAGCCUCCCCUAUCCAAGCCAGCCGUUCCAGCCUGUCGUCCUGGCUAAUUGAGGUAACGGAAGAAAACAAUUUUUGAAGAAUUGAAGAUCAAGAUCUAAAAGUUUAACUUUUUUUUUUUUUUUUUAUCCUCCCCCAUUUUUGGCUUCUGAAAUAAAAUGGUAACAAGUAGAUAUUACUGGGAUACAAAGUACUUGGUUUGCAUUGCUACUGGACACUUGUGAAGUCCUCACCUUUUUACAGAGAUGAAUAUUUAUGUGAAAUAUAGUAGAUUAUAUGGAUACAAUAGGCUUUUCUAUCCCUCCCUUACAGUUGGCUGCAUCAGAAUAAACCUCUAGUUUUGAUUUCUCGGUAUGCCCAAAAGAGUCGCUAUCGGUCUGCAUGGUCGCAUCAUUAGAACUGUGCCUGAGGCAAGAUUGCCAUGCUUGGAGUUUUAUAUUUUGAUUCAAUUUUCUACAGCUUUGCCCUCUGCCAGCCUGGAGGAACAUCUCUUCUCACAUUGUGUUAUUGUGGUUAGAGUUAUUUAUUUCUGUAUGCAUUUCUUUACUGUUGCUACAGUCUUGUGUUGUCCCCUUCUUCCCUUCUCUAAUGCUUAUUUUAUUUUUUAUUUGCAUUCACCAUAGCCAUGUAUUGGUGCUUCAGUCUGGAGAAGGCAUUACACUUAGACUAGGAGUAACUUGACCAGUGUUACAGUUUAACAAUAUUAGAAAUACCUUUUUAAUGUUUAAUUUCACCAUAUUCCCUUUAUGGGGCCUUAGCACACGAACGUAUGUAUUUUGCAGUCCGCAAAAAAUACGAAUGACGUCUGUGUGCAUUACGUAUUUUCCAGAAAAGCUGGUCCUUCAUAGAACAGUCCUAUCCUUGUCCAUAAUGUGGACAAUAAUAGGACAUGUUCAAUUUUAUUGCUGAACGGAUAAACGGAAUGCACACUGAGUACCUUUUUUCGUUCGGAUUCAUUGAAAUGACUAGUUCCGUAUACAGUCCGCAAAAAAAUAAAAAUGGACCGGCAUGGAAUGAAAAUACGUUUGUGUGCAAGAGGCCUAAUGCAUAAAAAUUCUAUUGCUAAAAAAACAAAACAAAUUGUAGUGUUGUCCAUGGGAACCGAUCAUGUCACCUGUCACCACUUUUUUAUUACAAUAUUUUUUUAUACAUACUGCCAGGAGCUGAUAACAUGGUUGUUGUAGCCAUCAAGCUGCUGUUCAGCUGAAAGCCCCAACAUAACUAGAUGGCAAGAAAUCUGAUUAUACAGCAGUAAGGUGGGAUUCAGGCGGCUGUAUUAAGUCGGCCAUGUUGCGUGUUCCAAGUCCUUGUUCCAUAAGACAUGGACUUAAGUGUACACCAAGGUCUGUGUGGAGAAAAAGCUGUGAAUUGCACCGCAGACUUCAGUGGAAUCGUGUGCAGCAUGUUGCACUGAUGAUAAAUAUGUCCGCCAGAAUCGGGCCUGAGAGGACUGCACUUAUCUACCUCCCUUUUUUUCACUCCUCCCAUACCUAAAGUUAACUCAUUGAGGUCUAUGAAUGUAUGUGGCGGCAUUAUAGCAGUAUUGAAGCCUUGAUUAGAUUCCUGGUAGUGUAAGUGCUGUUUUAUAAUGUGUUUCUCAGAAAUUCAGUUCAUUGUAGAGCACUUGGGCUACGAGAGAGAGAAAAUGCCAGUCACGCCUUGACUCUGCCUUAAGAUGCAGUGAGACCUCUGCAAAAGACCACUUCUUCAAAAAGACCAUCCCCAUCUAGAUGGAUUUUUCCACUCCACUAUAUUAUCUGUAUUGAGAAGACUACCUCUCAAAGUCCAUUUUUAUCAGCAAUUUGUCUGAUGGUCUCAGAGGUUUCACUGUAUUCCUAGUGCAAAUUGUUAUAAUAAAUUUAUAUAUAUAUAUAUAUAUAUAUAUAUAAUAUAAAUUUUUAUUUAUUUUUUCUGAUAUGGUGUACUUACCUUCUCCAGAUACAAAGGAGGCGCCACAAGCAAUUGGGAGACGUUAUCCCGCACUUUAAUUUGAGCUGAAUGUUUUUGCUAUGAAGAACAGUAUUAAAAAAACACCGAAGUUGCUUUAGGAAAUAUCCUGGUGAUCAUAUUAUGAUUUUUUAUUUUUUUUUGUUUGUUUUACAUUUUCCUUUCUGAACUCUGUAAAAGUCAUAUUUAGAAAUACAAAACUUAAUAUAUUCCUUGUCCAAAAAUGGGCCAGCUGAGCCAUAUGGCAUUGGGGAAAAUAAUAUAUAAAAAUUUUUAUAUUAUAAAUAUAUAUUUUUUAAAAGUGUUUAUAAAAUUCAUUUUUAUUUAUUUUCUU